AUGAGAAGUAUAAGGGAAAUAAGUGAUGAUAUCUAAAAGUUAAUAAGAUUACUUGAAAAAAAAAUAAGGUUCAAUAAAGAAAUAGCUAUCAAAAACUACGUUAGAAAAUAUAAAAAACUAUUACAUGAAUUUAGAGAAAUAGAGAAAGUAGGUGAGUUAAAUAGGAACUGGCAAGAUUGA